AUGUCUGUUACAACUGAGGAUCCAGUCUCUUCUGGAUUCAAAUGGGAUCACUUCAAAACAGUUACAGAUCCAAAACAGCUCUCUCGAGCGACUACGUUCCUCGAAUCUGUGUCCUGGCCAGCGCUGGAAGAUGUGGCGAGCAGAAUACGAGGCGGGAUCAGCUGCAAGCUGACGGCUGACAUUGGACUUGGCUACAAUCACAUGGUCCGAGACAUUCAGUUCGCGGACGGCACACAUCUUGUAGCCCGCCUCCGACUUCCUCGUUUCUCAGAUAACGGACUGUACCCGGAUUCAAAUGCUGUGGAUAUCGCCAUGAGGAGUGAGAUCUGCACCCUACACGCCAUCGCAGAACAUACAGAUAUUGUAGUUCCUCAAGUCUACGCCUCUGAUACUAGCGCCGACGGUGAAGUAGGCGCCCCAUACGUCUUGAUGAAUCGUCUGGAGGGGAAUUCAGGACUUGAUCUUGGCCUCGAGAUACCGUUGCAGUACGAGAACGACUUGUUCUCCGAAAUGGCGAGAAUACAUGUCCGUCUCUCCUGCAUACGAUUACCGAGAAUUGGCAUAGUUAUUGAUAUCAACGAGGACGGCACAUACCAGCAAGGGGCUAUACCUGGUAUAGGUGGACCUUUUGAUACUGCAGCAGAAUACUACACAGCAUGGUCGAAAAACGUUUCUUUCGGUCUCGAGGAGGAGCGGCUACGACAAGCGUCUGGAAAAUUCGCGGAGGAAGUCGUCGCCUCGACCGCGUUGUUCAAGAAGUCCAUCGCCGACUUGGCGGAUAAGAUAUCUACGCCUACCAACAAUCGUGGACCUUUCCCUUUGAUUCAUGGCGACUUUGGACACCACAACAUCCUGGUCGACGAUGACUACCGUGUCAAAGGCGUCAUCGACUUCGAGUAUGCGUUUGCGGGCCCAUGGGAGAUUGCAGCUAGCUUCCCGAAGAAUCUCUUCUCAAUGCCGCGUGUAGCUGAUGCACCGUGGAAUUACGAUGCUGAUGGUAACGCCAUACCACAAGAUUUGGUGCAGACGCUGAUGUAUCAGAAAAACUACAUAAAAGCUGUGGAGAUGGAAGAGUCGCGUUUUGGCAAGGACUGUAUUCUCUCGACAGCAAUGCUUGAUCCUGAGAGACAGCAGCUGGGAGAAGCAUUGGGGUCCUUCAGGGAAGGGGUCGCUGGGUUUUACGGGAAUUUGACCGAAGAGUGUUCUUCACUUUGGAAGAAGGGCAGUCAGACAACAGGCUCGACACGCAUUGGUGUAUUAGAGGAGGUCACGUUCUCGACUUCUAUGGUUUCGGUUCGAGUUCGACCUCGCAGUAACCCGUGA